CGCAAAAUUGUUAACAUAACCUCAAUGGAAAAUUUGAUAAAGAUGUUUACGGAAGUUUUUCUCUGUGUUGUUUUUCUAUUUUCUGGCUUUUCUGCGGUAUUUUCCAAUGAAAUUCAGCUCCCGGAAAAGUUUGUUCAGAGUGAUUCACAUACCAAUAAUUGGGCAGUUUUGGUGGAUACUUCGAGAUUCUGGUUCAACUAUCGACAUGUAGCUAAUGUGUUGUCUAUCUAUCGCUCUGUGAAGCGUCUUGGGAUUCCAGAUAGUCAGAUCAUCCUCAUGAUUGCCGAUGAUAUGGCCUGCAAUCCCCGGAAUCCACGCCCAGCAACGGUAUUCAACAAUGCCAAUCAACACAUCAAUGUCUACGGAGACGACGUCGAGGUGGACUACCGAGGAUACGAGGUAACUGUGGAGAACUUUGUUCGCCUCCUGACGGGAAGGAAUAAGAAUGGCACAACGCGAUCUAAGAAACUCCUCACAGAUCCCGGAAGUAAUGUUCUGAUCUACCUUACGGGGCACGGUGGGGAUGGCUUCCUGAAAUUCCAGGAUUCCGAGGAGAUAACGAGUCAGGAGUUGGCGGAUGCCAUUGAGCAAAUGUGGCAGAAGCAGCGCUACAAUGAGCUCUUCUUCAUGAUUGACACCUGCCAGGCAGCAUCGAUGUAUGAGAAAUUCUACUCCCCCAAUAUCCUGGCUGUUGCCAGUAGUCUCGUUGGGGAGGAUUCCCUGUCGCAUCACGUUGAUCCCGCCAUUGGGGUGUACAUCAUUGAUCGCUACACGUACUACGCUCUUGAAUUCCUGGAAAAAGUCACACCGGAUAGUGAGAAAUCCAUGGGAGAAUUCCUCCAGGUCUGCCCGAAGCGUGUGUGCAUCUCCACAGUUGGCAUCCGGAAGGAUUUAUAUCCCAGAGAUCCCUUCAAGGUGCCCAUAACGAAUUUCUUCGGUUCCAUCCGGCAAACUGAAAUCGUCCGGACACGCCUCAAUUUAACACUCCCGGAAGAACCCGAGGAGAUCACUGACACCCACCCGGAUGAGCCAGUAGACUACCAGCUACAUCUCAUUGAGCAAUUUCCUAGUAAAUUAUUUCAAUAAAUAAACCUAAAAUUCAGCGUGAAA